UGUAAUUAUUUAAAACGGAUUAUUUUUACGCAGCCUAUUUGCCUCUUCAGAAAAUACAGAGAGAGAGAGAGAGAGAGAGAGUCGGUGGAGAGGGAUUUAAUGGCGACCUCGAAAUUUCAAGCUCUGUGGAAUCACCCAGCUGGCCCUAAAACUAUUCAUUUCUGGGCACCAACAUUCAAGUGGGGCAUUAGCAUAGCCAAUAUUGCCGACUCCACUAAACCACCUGAGAAAGUUUCAUAUCCACAACAGAUAGCUGUUACAGCCACCGGAGUUAUCUGGACUCGCUACAGCACUGUGAUUACUCCUAAGAACUGGAACCUAUUUAGUGUGAACGUUGCAAUGGCUGCUACUGGCAUCUACCAACUUACAAGAAAAAUCCGGCACGACUACUUUAGCGAAGAACAAGCUGCUGUGGCUAAAGAAUGAUGACGAAACGCCUCUUUUGAUGAGGGCCUGGCAUGCCCGAAUAGGCUACUGUGAAAUUCACCUAUUGGACAUGUGUCACUUGUGCAUGCCCUCGAUGUUACUUUCUUUAUUCCCCUUCUAUUUCUAUUAACAUUAUUAACAUUGGUAUCUUGAAUCAGAGUGUCUUCAUGAUGAUCUAUGAAGGAUAAAAAUGAAUCUUUUUAUUCAAA